AUGGUGAAACGAUUACCGCUUGAUUCGCGGGCAAAAGUGCUGGGUUUGAAGCAGCCGAAACAGCUCUUCUGCUUUGCCCGCGACAUCGAUGGCCACUACGUCUACGACGAAAAGGAGGUUAUCGAUAACCAUUUGAGCUACUAUUACUUGCCUGAUAGUUGGGUGAACCAUGUGGAUCUUGGUGCUGGUUUCAAACAGUUCAAACAGAUCCCCGAAGAGGAGAAUUUGGGAGAUUUUGCUGCACUCCUUAAGGCGGUGAUGCUCUAUGAACAGGCCACGGGGAAGAAGACUGCUGUUGAUUUAAUCACCUUCAGGGGACUUAUGACCAAGAUCCUCAUGGUGCCGUUUCAAAAUGACCCCAUUGACUUCGAUAUCGUCGCGUUUGACGGCCAGUUAUUCAUGAGAGAUAACUAUGAAUUGGCCCUCAAAAAGCGACAACAGGAAGAACAACAACUAAACCAACAAGACCCGCAACAGGCCGACUACGUGCGAAGGUGCCAGUACAGUGGCUACAAGUUUGAGGCUGUUGCAACUCUCCCCAAACCGUGGGCUGAUUGUCUGCGGAAACUCAUUGAAAACCGGGUGAAGAAACCUGUAAACAACUACGAACAGUAUAUCCUGGCAGUGAAAACUGGGAUUGGUCUGACGAAGAUGUUAUUGGCCGGUGAAGUCGACUGUGUCUACGAUUAUGUCCCCGAACUGGGAAACAUUGUUAGUCACUUUGUCGAGCUUAAAACCACUUCAACCCUCGAUAACCCGCGACAAGUGGGUAAUUUUGAAAAGAAAUUCUUCAGAACUUGGGCUCAAUGUUUCUUGAUGGGCGUUGGUAAGAUUGUGUACGGUUUCAGAGAUAAAAAUUUCAUGUUGCGGGCGGUGGAGACGUAUACUACGGACGAAGUGCCCAUUUUAUUAAAGAAUAACAAACAGGUGAACCUGAUGACCGCCUUAAAAUGGUACGGGGCGGCGUUAGAAUGGAUUUUGAAGGAGGUGGACCGCACCGAUGAACUGAAGGCGUGGCGCUUGUGUUAUGACCCCAGCACACGUCUGUUUAUGUUGGAUGAACUAAUGGAUACCGACAAUGCCCGGUUACGCUCGGGAGAGCUUUUAACCCCCGAAUUCAUCGCCUGGCGCCAACAAUUAAAGGAAGGAAAUUAA